CUUAACUUUAUCUUCUCUUCUCAACUUGUAUCGAAUGACAGGUUACAAAUGAGAAAGGAGAGAAGAAGUGGAAAAGGUAAACAUAGAAGUGGAAGAACAUGUGAAAGAUCCAAUCUAUCCACCUGGUUUAACUAUAUAGAAUCAUACAAAGCUUAUUGUGAUGAGUACUUAACGAAGAUAUCCAUGGAAGAAUUUCGACCCGACAAACCGCUAUGGGAAGCUCAUUUGUUCAAGUAUCCAACAUCCCCGACCGUCGCUGGAACCAUGGUUCUAAAGGUCCACCACUCCCUCGGCGAUGGCUAUUCUCUCAUGGGUGUCGUUCUUUCUUGUCUUCACACAGCUUCAGACCUAACGUUCCUCUCACUUUUCCUUCCCGACGUCAACGACGAUUCAAGGACGGUGUUGUGAAGUCUUUGACUGGAAUUGUUUCCGCUGUUUGUAGAACGGCGUCGAAUUUGAGGUAGAGUGUUUUGAAAGGAAUAGAUGAGAAAACUUCUAUAAGGUCAGGACGUGAAGGGCUACAAUUCAUGCCGAUGAAUACUUUUACGGUGUCCUUUUCGCUCAAUUACAUAAAGAAAAUCAAGACGAAGCUCGACGUGACAGUAAAUGAUGUGAUAACAGGGAUAACCUUCAUGGGACUAAGGUUGUACAUGGAAGAAAUGGAGAAAAAUUCCGGUGAAGUCGCAGCGACUGCAUUGACAAUAGUGAACACGAGAGUGAUUGGAACCUACCGGCCGGCGACAGAGAUGGCAAAACCAGAGAGCAAAGGACUAUGGUGAAACCAAUUAUCUUACUUGGAAACUAUGAUCCCAAAAAUGACCAACACUAACCCACUUGAGUUUGUCGUGGCUGCUCAUCGCUCCAUCAACAACAAACGAAACUCCUUCACUAUUCAUGUUGUGGCUCAUCUUUUGAAUCUCUUGAGAAAACUUCGUGGUCAUCAGGAAGUAGCAAAAUUCCUCCACAAUUUAUUGAAGAACACAACCACAGUAAUCUCAAAUGUGAUUGAUCCACUUCAGCAAAUGGCUUUAGAUAAUCAUCCCAUCAGCGGCUUAUACUUCACCAUCGUGGGCACACCUCAGAGUGUUACGGUAACGAUGUUGAGUUAUAUGGGGAAACUGAGAGUUGCAUUCAGAACAGAAAAGGAUUUCAUUGAUGCCCACGAGUUAAAUUCUUGUAUGGAAGAUGCAUUUAAGAAGAUAUUUGAAGCAGCAAAUGAUAUUCCUUCACCGUAAACUAUAUA